CUUGGCGCCAAAUAGCAUAAGCUGCUUCUACAUUGGCAAUCACAAAUUGGCCAUCGAGUUAUCGUGAUUUAAUCGGCGCCAAAGAUAAUUCCUAAAAGAAAUUGUAUACAUUAAAGGACAAUGGAUAACAACAGCAGCAGCAGCAGCAGACCAGGCAAUACAAGUACUUUGGAGAAAUGGGGCUUUCCAUUGCAGGAGCUUUACCGUCUCGCGUUUACAUUCUACAAACAGAAUUCGGGCAAGGCUAUACAUCUGUCCUACGAAGACAACCUCAAGCUAAUCGCCUUCAAGCAACAGGCCGCGGUCGGCCCGUUCAGCGCGAACCAUGCGCCGGCUCUGGGCGUUCUGGACGUGAUCGGGCGCGACAGGCAGCAGCACUGGCAGCUGCUGGGUGACAUCACACGCGAGCAGGCGAUGGAGGGCUUCAUCGAUCUGCUGGACACCAUGUGCAGUGCCUUUCGGCCAUACAUUGAGGCCGUGCGUCAGAAUCGCGAUGAGAACCUAAAGGCCGAACUGCGUCGCAUGGAACUGGAGAAGGAGGCGCGCCAGAAACGCGAACGCGAACAGCAGGAGCUGCUCGAGGAGGGCUACAAGGAGGAAUUGCAACGCCGUCAGCUGCAGGAUGCGCUCAACAAGCAGACAUAUCAGCAGUUCAAGCUGUACGCGGAAAAGCAGUUCCCUGGCAAUCCGGAGCAGCAGGCGGUGCUCAUACAUCAGCUGCAGCGGGAGCACUACCAUCAGUAUAUGCAGCAGUUGCAUUUGCAGAGUCAGGGCCAGACGCAGCACGCAGCGAAUCCCAAUCGGAAUCUGGAACAGCAGACGCCAGACAAGGACAACGAUCUGUUGCUGCUAGCGGAGACGGAGCAGGAACCGAAGCAGAUGAACAACAACAAUAGCAACAGCUGCAGCAAUAGUCCUGGCAGUGCCAAUCUGGCCCGUGCCAUGGAUGGACUGCAGCUUAACGAAUUCGAGAGCCAGUCACAGCAGCAGCAGCAGCAGCAGCAGCAGCAGUCGCCAGGCGAGCAGCCAGCGCAGUCGGAGCAGUUGGCUGGCGAUGAGUACGAUGAUUAUGUGAUGAUACGUCCGGCCAAGAUUUGGACGCGUCCCGAUAUCGAACAGUUCAAGACUGAAGUAUCCGCCGGCGAUGGCGAUGGUGUUAUAACCAUUGGACACGGCGAUACGGUAACGGUGCGUGUGCCCACAAAUAUGAACGGGAAGUGCAUCUUCUGGGAGUUUGCGACGGACAAUUACGACAUCGGUUUCGGCAUUUACUUUGAGUGGGCAAAGCCCGUGACCAACGAGGUGACGGUGCAUGUAAGCGACAGCGAUGAGGAUGAGGAUUGCGUCGAUGAGGAUUAUCUAUCGACGACAGAGGAUUUGGAGUCCGGUUCCCUGUCGCAGGAUCGGCAUGCAUUGGCCGUACAAAAUGCGGCCGCCGCCGCCGCCACAAAGCCGCCCAUAUCCAUAAUUGUGCCAAUCUAUCGGCGCGAAUGCUACAACGAGGUCUAUGUGGGCUCCCAUUCGUAUCCCGGCGAGGGUGUCUACCUCCUGAAAUUUGACAAUAGCUACAGCAUUUGGCGUUCCAAAACGCUUUAUUAUCGCGUCUAUUACGAGCGAUAAGGCCAAAAAUGUCCAGUAAUUACGAACUGGAUUACUUACUAGAGUGCAUAUACAUGCAUAGUCCAAGAAACUAGACAUUUAUUCUUAGAAUUUCAGAAAGGGGUGUGUACGUGUACGUGUUGUGUAUGUGUGUGUGUGUGUUGUGGUGUGGUGUGGCUCGUAUUGGAGUGUGUAUGCAGAACGUGCAUAUACAACAAUUUAGGAAACUUCACUUUUCCAUUUGCAAAAUGAUUAAAUCAAUAUUAUUUAUUAUAUAGUUUUCAAAAUAAAACAUAAAUAAAAUACAUGUGUA